AUGGGCCGCCGACCUAACCAAUUGAUUCUCGAAUACUUCGAGCGCGGCCCUAAGCUCGAAGAUGCAAGUAACCGCUACCAGCACACGUGCAAGUCGUGCGGCGAGAAGUUCCCCAAAGGACGCAUAGACAGCCUCACGAAUCACCUCGUCAAGAAAUGUCCUGCGCUUCCUCUCCAGGACCGGCAGCGCGCGCUGCUGCAAAUGCACGAGCUGCCCCUCCCCGACAACAUGACGCAGACGGCUCAUACGAACGCGCCGGGACCGAGCCAGAUGCAGCAUGGCCAGAAAGUGAAUCUUCCCUUUGCACCGUCGAAGCAGCUCUCGGCUCUCGAGACGCUUGCUGAGGUCUCGCGACAGCACUUGGACCUGUCCGGAAAGCGCAUGGCCGAGAAACAGCCUUCGCAAACACAACACAGUCACAACAACACGAGUCAUGCCGGCCUACUGGACGAGUUCCUGAUACAAGACGACAGGCCAGAUGGCUCAGACCUGGGUGCUAUGUCACAGGGCAUCGACAUGUCGAAUGCGCCGGCUAUGCCGUCCAUGUACCAGUUCAACAAUUCGCUGCACCACUCACCGACAACCUCCCCGAACAUGGGCCACAUGCCUCUCUCAAAUGCCUCGUCUAUGUCGCACAUGGUUCCAUCGCUUGUCAUGGCAGCGUCUGCAGCAAACGACUUGAUGCCAUUAACCAACGGGCUGUCAAUGGACUCGGAUAUGCAUCUCUCGGGUCAUGGCCUGCACAGCAUGGCAGAGCCAAAGUACUUCCAUUCACACGGACACGCACGUGGGCACUGGCCAAACAUACAGCCCAACUCGCUCGACCCAAUGUUGCAAGAUCAUGGCAAAGAGCACAUGCAGAUGGGCGACAACCAGAACAAAGGCAUGAACCAUCAGCGACCACUUGCCAUGAACGCGGGCAACCAGACGCACUUCACGACCGAUUUCAGCAUGAACCAAAAGCCGGCAAAACCAAAAGUGAGAGGACGUUUCACAGACUCUCGGCGGAAAGAAGUGCAGGAAGUGCGCAAGCGAGGCGCAUGCAUUCGAUGUCGUAUGCUCAAGAAGCCUUGUUCCGGGGAGAAUCCAUGCAACACUUGCCAGAACGUGGAGAGCGCACGAUUGUGGAAGCAGCCUUGCAUUCGAACACGGAUAGCAGAGGAAUGUGGUCUGUAUACUGCAGGCUUGCACAGUGUCCUCGCAUUCCACGCCACGAAUCAAGCAAAAGGCCAAAUACGGUUGGAUCAGACACCAGGUCGGAUAGAAGCCACCCAUUUCCCCGCCUCUAGCACUUUUGCAACUUUCACACCGUUAAAGUGUCAACAAACUUCAGCGGUCCAGAAUACGGAUAUCGACCCUGCCAUCUUCUCGGGGCUAGCGUCACCGGACCUAGAGCUGAUAGACAGCGAUGACGACGUCAGUGGAAAGAUAGACCACUAUGUGAAAAAGAUGGCUGGCCACUUUUCCGACACCGAGGACUCGCACUUCAUGAAGGUGACUGUACAAAGCGCGAAGAAUAUAGCAUCGCUGAGUCCAGACGGACUGAUAUCCAAGUCGAUAGAACUCUGGAACCUGACGCGCAUACUCACAUCCCGCAACUUCGAAUGGCACUUGUUUUCUAACCCGUCUCUUGCGCCCACUCAGGCACCUUCGAUAUUGACGGCUGCGGAUAUUGAGGAAGGCAUCCACACGCCCAUCACACCUCUCGAACACAGCUCUUCCUACAGUCUCAUUACAAUGCAACUCAUGGGCGCGACAGAGAAGCGUGCUGCGUGUCUUGCACGCGUCGUCAUGAACGACCUGGAACGCCGAUUGCUACAGCGUCAACAAGCGAACCCUUUCGAGACCUUCCUUGUCGCUGUCAUGCUACUCGCUUGUGUAGAGCGAAUGUGUUGGCUGUUCCGUUCCUGGGAAGUUCCUUCUGCGACUACAGCCGGAGAUGACGGUGGCGGUGAGUCGUCCAAGCCAGCGUCUUCUGUCCAUAACGAUCUUGCAUCUGUUCUUGAGUCCACCACUGCGACGGCUUCUUCUCCCCCUGUUCCAACUUCGACACAAGACCUUCCACCUCAGUCUUCUCGCCAUCCCCGAUGGCCGCUAGACAGACCUCCAUCGACAUUCUCUCAGCAAGGCGAAAAGUUCAGCGACAUCCUCAAUAUGCUGCUCAAAAUGCGCGGCGUACCUCCAAAGGUCUCGCUAAUGAUUCUCGAUGGGACUCUGACGGUGUGGACUGAGGACGCCGAUGACAAGGUGCGGGAGUGGUACAAUGGCAUUUCCGUCACCACACACAUGCUGGAUGAGCGGACGAACGCUCGUUUCGUGGGCGAGGAGCCGAGGGAAUGGGAAUUGAAAUUUGUGGGAAAGAUUAUCAGGGGAGAUUGAGGCGGCACAUUCAAGAGACACUGACAUCGUGGCAUGCAUGAACGGCAUUCCUGUUAUGGUGGCAGUCCUUUGUGAUGUCAAUGAUACCAUUUCAGCUGGGUGGGGGACAAAUGUGCGUUUGCAUGUCUCUAAGUAGAGGAAUGAAA